AUGGCCGAACAAGUCCCAACAAAGCGCCAAAAGCGCGAGGAAUACCGUCGCGGUAUCCAAGCCCAGCAAGAUUCCACGGAAGAUGGCUCCGUCGUCAAGAUGCCGCAGAAGAAAUUCUUCCGCCAGCGCGCGCAUGCGAAUCCCUUCUCAGACCACAACCUGGACUACCCUAUCAGCCCCGCGCAUAUGGAUUGGUCUUCCCACUACCCUGCAUAUGUGGACCCGGAUACCUCCAAGACGAAUCUGAGCGGUGCUCGCCAAUUGACCAAAAAUGUCGAGGUGGUGGAUAUCGGCUGUGGGUUCGGUGGAUUGCUGGUUGGACUGGCGCCUUUGCUGCCAGAUACCCUGAUGGUUGGCAUGGAAAUCCGCACCCAAGUGCUCGAGUACCUCACAUCUCGCAUCCAUGCCCUACGCGCCCAACAACAGAACCUAAAGAACAAAUCCGCCAACCCAGCCCCAACAGAAGCAUCCACCGAAUCAACCACAGAAGCCGAAACAGUUUCCGACAGCAAAGCCCCCGCCACAGACGACGACAUCGGCACAACGAAGAUCUUCCCCGGAAACUUCGAAAACAUCGCCGCAAUCCGUAGCAACACGAUGAAAUUCCUGCCCAACUUCUUUGGCCGCCAUCAACUCUCCAAGAUCUUCAUCUGUUUCCCAGAUCCGCACUUCAAAGCGCGGAAGCAUAAAGCGCGCAUUAUUUCUGAGUCCCUGAAUGCCGAGUAUGCUUAUGCCCUCCGGCCUGGUGGUUUGUUGUACACUAUUACCGAUGUGGAGGAGUACCACCACUGGGUUCUGAGGCAUUUCCAGCGACAGCCUGAGGAUGCGACGAAAGGCAAGGGUGAGGGUGAGACUGGUUCGGAUUAUAAGACUGAGGCGGUUUAUGCGCCGGGCAUUAAGGAUAUGUGGGAGCGAGUCUCGGAUGAGGAUCUUGCGGCUGAUCCUUGUGUGCGUGUUAUGCAGUUUGAGACUGAGGAGUCGAAGAAAGUUACGAGGAACAACGGCAAGAAGUUUGUUGCUGUUUUCAGGCGCUUGGCUGAUCCUGAGUGGCCUUCUUCUUGA